AUGGCGAGCGACCGAUCAACGCCGGCGCGAACGCCCGCUAAAUCGACCAAGGCUUCUGCGCCGCCUUCUUUAACAAAGCAGCGUUCAAUCGUCUCUUUCUUCUCAAAAGCUCCGCCUUCGUCCCCCGCUGCCGCAUCUUCGCCCGUGGCAAAGCCUUCUUCCACGCCCAAGCAAUCUUCUUGCUUGAAGGAGACCACAAAAGCCGACACUCUUCCUAAGAGCACGCCUUCCUCCAAGCCCAAGUCAACUCCGACAACCGCCAAGCAGGCCACGUCCGUUCCUGACAGCGACGCCAUCGAGCCUCCAAGCUCGCAAGAAAAUCUUGAUGCGACCGUCAAGAAGUCUGCCUCUAAAAUGAAGCACGACGCCCUGCCCAGUAGUCCGACUCGAAAGGUGAGAAACUCGCAGCGCCCUCCCCUCACACCAGUCACUAAUGUCCCGAAGGUCAAGAAGGUUGUUAGUUAUGCCGAAUCCUCCGACGAAGAUGAGCCUUUCCAGUUUGGUGGCGCCUCCACACAACGACGACGAAGAGCAAGAGUUGUACCAGUCGUCAAAGACGAGGAUGAUUACGAGGAAGAAGAGGAGGAAGCAGUACAAGAUGAAGAUAGUGGUAAGAACACCGUUGACCACAGCGCAAACUCCAUGCUAACAGCUGCAGAUACUAUGGAUGACUUUAUCGCAUCAGAGUCAGACGAAGAUACCUCCCGAGCUAAGAAGCGAAAGCGCCCCUCAAAAGCACCCGCUCCCCGAAAACGAUCCAACAAGUCUUCACCCAUUCCCGAACCCGAGGUCGACGUCAGAGAAAGCAUCGUUGAAGAAGACGAGGAGAUGGAGGAUGCCGAGCCCUCGACUGCAUCUCAAUGGAAUUAUAACCCCAACUCGACCGAUAAGCAAGCAGUUGUCAAGCCAGCUGAAAGGGCGGCGAACAAGGACCCCAAGUUCAAGGAGAAGGCACAUACAAAAGAUCCCGAUCAGAGAUACGACUGGCUUGCCAAUAUUCGAGACAAAGAGAAGAGGAAGCCUGAUGACCCAGACUACGACAAGCGAACCAUCUACGUCCCUCCUUCUGCUUGGAAUAAGUUUUCACCAUUCGAGAGUCAGUACUGGAAGAUCAAGCAGAACCUUUGGGAUACCAUUGUGUUCUUCAAGAAGGGCAAGUUCUACGAACUUUACGAGAACGAUGCCACUGUCGGCCACCAGGAAUUCGACUUCAAGAUGACUGAUCGAGUCAAUAUGCGCAUGGUUGGUGUGCCCGAAAGCUCGCUUGACUAUUGGGUAAACCAGUUUAUCGCAAAGCAGUACAAGGUUGCUCGUGUUGAUCAGAUGGAGACCAACUUGGGCAAGGAGAUGCGUGAGCGACAAGACAAGAGCAAGAAGGCCGACAAGGUCAUCACUCGUGAACUUGCAUGCAUUCUUACCGCGGGUACCCUCGUUGAUGGCGGCAUGUUGCAGGAUGACAUGGCUUCAUACUGUGUGGCUAUCAAGGAGUCUGUCGUAGACGAUCUCCCUGCUUUCGGUAUUGCCUUUGUUGAUACUGCCACUGGUCGUUUCUACCUCUCCAGCUUCGUGGAUGAUGUCGAUCUGACCAAAUUCGAAACUCUGAUUGCUCAAACCGGCCCCCGAGAAUUGCUCCUCGAGAAGUCGCACCUCUCGACCAAGGCAUUGCGUAUUCUGAAGAACAACACCAGUCCUACGACCAUCUGGACACAUCUCAAGCCAGGUGUUGAGUUCUGGGAAGCGGAUACGACUCGACGCGAGCUUGACGUUGCGAACUACUUCAAGGCCGAGGGUGCUGACGAGGAGGUCUGGCCCGAGACUCUUCAAUCCCUUCGCGAUGAUGACGUUGUCAUGUCGGCGAUUGGAGCAUUGAUCUACUAUCUCCGUUUCCUCAAGCUCGAGGGACCUUUGCUAUCGCAGGGCAACUUUGAGCUUUACAGCCCUAUCCAGAAGAAUGGUACUCUUAUCCUUGAUGGACAGACACUCAUCAAUCUCGAGGUUUUUUCCAACUCCGUUAAUGGCGGUUCCGAAGGUACGCUGUUCAGUCUUCUUAAUAAGUGUGUCACGCCCUUCGGAAAGCGUCUCUUCCGUUCAUGGGUGGCUCACCCGCUUUGCAACAUCGAUCGCAUCAACGAGCGUCUGGAUGCUGUCGAGAUGCUCAACGCCGAUCAGACAGUCCGUGAACAAUUCGCUUCGCAGCUCGUCAAGAUGCCCGACCUGGAGCGACUCAUCUCACGAAUCCACGCUGGCGCUUGCAAGCCCGAGGACUUUGUCAAGGUUCUAGAAGGCUUUGAACAAAUCGAGUACACCAUGGGUCUUUUGGGAGCCUAUAAGGGAGGCAAUGGUCUUGUCGACCGUCUCAUCUCGUCCAUGCCAAACCUCGAUGAGCCUCUGAACUAUUGGAGGACAGCCUUUGACCGAAACAAGGCUCGUGAGGAGAAGCUUCUAAUUCCCGAGCGUGGCAUUGAGGAGGACUUCGACGAGAGCUCAGACCGUAUUGAGGAGAUUAAGCAACAGCUCGAAGACCUCCUUUCAGAGAAGAAGAAGGAGUUCAAGUGCAAGCUUCUCAAGUUUACACAUGUGGGUAAAGAGGUCUACCAAAUUGAGGCACCGAAGAGCGUUAAGGUCCCUUCAAGCUUCCGUCAGAUGUCCGCCACAAAGGACGUCAAGCGAUAUUACUUCCCCGAACUAUCUCAACUUGUGCGGGAACUCCAGGAAGCAGAGGAGACUCACUCCCAACUCGUCAGAGAUGUUGCUUCUCGCUUCUUCCAAAAGUUCGAUGUUGACUAUGAGACCUGGCUAAACGCCAUCAAGAUUAUUUCGCAGCUGGAUUGCCUGGUAAGCUUGGCCAAGGCAUCGGCUUCCCUGGGCCAGCCUAGUUGCCGGCCUGAGUUUGUGGAUGAGGAGCGCAGCACUGUCGACUUCCAAGAGCUUCGACACCCUUGCAUGAUGAACACUGUCGACGACUUUAUUCCCAAUGACAUCAAGCUUGGUGGUGAACAGGCCAAGAUCAAUCUCUUGACCGGAGCCAACGCUGCCGGAAAGUCCACAGUUCUUCGAAUGUCUUGUGUCGCUGUUAUCAUGGCCCAGAUCGGUUGCUACGUCCCUGCCACAUCCGCCCGCCUCACUCCUGUGGAUCGCAUCAUGUCACGUCUUGGAGCCAACGACAACAUCUUUGCCGCUCAGUCGACCUUCUUUGUUGAGUUGUCCGAGACCAAGAAGAUCUUGUCCGAGGCUACUCCUCGGUCGCUGGUCAUCUUGGAUGAACUUGGUCGUGGAACCAGUUCUUACGAUGGUGUCGCCGUUGCCCAAGCUGUUCUUCAUCACGUCGCUACUCACAUCGGCUGUGUCGGCUACUUUGCCACCCACUACCACUCCCUUGCGACAGAAUUCGAGAACCAUCCCGAGAUUCGAGCACGCAGGAUGCAGAUUCACGUCGAUGAAGAUGAGCGACGUGUUACCUUCCUCUACAAGCUCGAAGACGGUGUCGCUGAAGGCAGUUUCGGUAUGCACUGCGCUGCCAUGUGUGGUAUUUCUUCACGUGUGAUCGACCGCGCUGAAGUUGCUGCCAGGGAGUGGGAGCACACUAGUCGACUCAAGGACAGUUUGGAGAAGGCAAAGACAGGAUGCUACAUCCCACUGGGUAUUCUCAGUGACGUCGGCGCACUACUCGGCGACAAGGGAGAAAUGGGCGACGAUGGAGUCGACGUUCUUCUCAACGCCAUUGAAGCACUUUAA